AUGGGUAAUGAACAACAAAGUGGUACAAGUCAUCAUUUUAUCAAUGAUACUCCAACUGAUGAACAUCAACAACAAAAACGUAAUGGUGUUUUAUUAGCAAAGAAUGGACAUUUACCAAUAUCUAAACAUCAAUCAAUGAUAACAAAAUCUAGUUGGCAAUUAGCACGAGAUGCUUCAAUGGAUAUGUUGUCGCGAAAGACGACUAAAUUAACUUCAAAACAAGGUCCAUCAUCUAUUUUACCUGGUCAUCAACGACAUAUAUUUAAAAAAUACCCUGUACAACCAACAUUAGCACCUGGAAAACCUUUACCAACAUAUCGAGUACCUCGAAUACCUACAGACAAAGAAAUUGCUGAAAUUACUAUUGCUCAUCAACUUUUAUGUGAAUAUUGUGAUGGUCCAUGUAUUGGUGAUUAUGUUCGCUGUCGUGUUUGUAUAAAAAGUUACCAUUCUCAUUGUCUUUAUCAACGAGGUCAUGUAAGUGAUCCAUCGUUUUCAUUACCACGUCUUGGCAAACAAGAUUGGACGUGUCCUGAUUGUGGAGAUCUUACUCGAUUAUUGACUCAAGAAGAAGUUAAUUAUUUAAUUUCUUCUUUUGAAAAAAUGGAUCAAAAUAAAGAUGGUUAUAUUAUUCUGAACGAUUUUGCAGUAUUUUGUUCAAAAGGAAAGACAAAAGAUAAUGUUAACUUAUUUCCUCAUUGUAAUGAAGAUUUGGAAAAAUUACAUUUUAAUAUCAUGGAUUCAAGACAAAAAGGUGCUGUCACUUGGUCGGAUUUUGCACACUUUUAUACUUGUAAGUUAAUUGCUGCAAAAAAUAAAACUGAAUUAACAACAAAAUUAACUAAAAAAGAAUUGAUAUUUGCAAAAAAUCUUUUUCUUAAAGAUCCACAUCUAAAAAUUGAUAAUGAAAGUAAUGCAAUUAUAACAAAAGAUUAUUUAAAUCGAGUUUUUCACGAUCUUAUAUUUAUGACAAAAAAAAAGUAUGGUAGUAAUUUUAUUGAUGCUAUUUUACGCGAAUGUCACCGUAUUGAUGAAACAAUCGAAAAACUUUCUGUUAUAAGUUGGGAUGAAUUUCUUCGUCAAGUUUCUGUACUUAUUAUAUUCAAUCGUUCAAAUCAUGAUCUACUAAUCAGUCGACCACGUCGUGCAUCCAUACCUCAUAAUCUUACACAAGCAACAGUUAUAUCACAUAUUAACUUAACUUCACAUAGUAUUGAUUUAAAAAAAAAUGUAACAAUUACACCGACAAUAACAAUAUCACCAGAUUUAUCAUUUGAUUCAUCAUUUCGUAAACAUGGAAAAAUAUUAGAAAAAUUAAAUCAACGAGAUCAACAAGAAGAAUUAAGAAAAAAACAUCUUGGCUCAUUAGUUGAUUGGUCAAUUGUUGAAAGUAUUGACGAAGAAGAAAAUUUAGAAUUACCAAAAUUAAAACCAAAUGCACGAGAUGAACGACAAACAAUUACUGAACCAUGGUCUGUUGUUAAAGAUAUGGAACAUUUAAGAACUCAACCAAUACUUAUUACAACAACUCGUAUUCCCAUUGUUAGGAUCUAA